UUGGCUCCGAGUGACUACUUCUUGUUCCCAAACCUGACGAAAUGGCUUGGUGGAAAAAGAUUUGACUCCAAUGAUGAAGUCAUCUCGCAAACAAAGGCCUAUUUUGAGGACCUCGACAAAUCAUAUUUUUUGGAAGGGAUAAAAAAAUUGGAGAAGCGUUGGACAAAGUGUAUAGAUCUCAAGGGAGACUACGUUGAAAAAUAA